AUGAUAGACGUGGCUCUUGGGUGUUCCUGCCAGCAGUGCACAGAAGGCAUCAAGUACACAGACGCAAUACUUCCCAAUUUAGAAAAAACUAAAAUUAUGCGGGUCCCACGAGCUGCAUCCAUGUCAGAUUGCCUCGCAGCCUGUUGUGAUCUUUCGGAUUGCGACUUGGCCUGGAUGUUUGAGCGGCAUUGCUACGUGGUCAGUUGCCAACCUAAAGGAAAUUGUGAGCCCAAGAAAAUGGAGAAGGUGAAGUCUUAUCUGACCUUCGUGGUCAGAGCUCCCCAGAGACCAGCCACCUUGCUAGGAUAUGGGCAGGUGCCAUCCAAUGUGAUCCGCUCCAUGGCAUUGGCAAGUGACCCCUCUGAGGAAAUUGGUAGCCUAAAGGAACUCUCCUUCCUCAGCAAAGAGCACGGUCUUGAGGACUAUGCCAAUGAAUAUGGUGAGAUGGAUCAGAAUCCUUUUCAACUUGGCCUCAAGCCUGAGGAGAAGGAGGCCAUUAACUAUGCAGAUUGGGGAUCCGUGGUGACCACUGAAAAUGGCUUCAAUUCUUCAGGGCUCAGUAAUGGAGAUAAACAGGAAGAGGUGCCUCAAAAUGAAGAGGUUCAUUUGGAAAGCCAUUCAAAUGUAAAUACAUCUGAAAGUAUUCCUACCACUGAACAGCCUGAAAAGUUGACAGAUGUUUUCGGCUUGCUGGAUAAAUCUGCAAAUGAUUUUGAUGUUCAUCCAAUUAAAAAUGAAGUAAACAGAAGCUGGGAAGAGGAGGUUGUAACACCUCCCCAUAAUCCUCCGUCUUCAGGAAUUCUGGAAUUUCUCUCCACUAUCCCAGCACAAACUGAAGUGUCAAACCCAGAUAAUUUCAUACAAACUAAACCCACAACAUUUCCCACUAGUGCUCAUAGCACUGCAUGUUGUGCUACAGGUGAAGUUACAUUUUCCACAACGAUCCCCAAAACAGAAUCAGACUAUAUUUACGAAUGGAGCUUGAUCAGUUACCCUGACAGCUACGAUGGUGAAAUGAAGGAUAAGCACACACCAACUCUAAAACUUUCUCAACUGCCAGAAGGUGCCUAUGUCUUCAGACUGACUGUUUCUGCUGAAAAUGCAUUUGGAGAAGGAUUUGUAAAUGUUUCUGUCCAGCCAGCAAUCCGAAUAAAUCAACCCCCUGUUGCUAUUGUCUCUCCCAAAGUACAGGAGAUUUCUUAUCCUAUUACUUCUACCUUCAUUGAUGGAAAUCAAAGCGUAGAUGAUACUAAAAUUGUGAGUUACCACUGGGAAGAAAUUGAGGGUCCCUUGCGGGAAAAGAAGGCAUCAGCUGAUACACCCGUUUUAUACCUCUCUAAUCUUAUUCCUGGCAAUUACACUUUCAGGCUAAUUGUCACCGAUUCUGAUGGAGCAGUUAACUCCACAAUAGCUUCCUUGAGAGUCAACAAACUAUUGGAUUCUCCUCCUGUUGCCAAUGCUGGACCAGAUCAGGAAAUUAGUUUGCCUCAAAAUUCAGUCACAUUAAAUGGAAACCAGAGUAAAGAUGAUCAUGAUAUUGUCAGCUACGAGUGGUCCCUGAGUCCCAAAAGUAAAAGCACAAUGGUAGCCAUGCAGGGCGUAAGGAGUCCAUAUCUUCAACUGUCUGCAAUGCAAGAGGGAGAAUAUAUUUUCCAGCUGACAGUAAUGGAUUCUGCAGAUCAGAAGUCAGCAGCUGAAGUCACAGUAACAGUCUGGCCCGGGCAAAACAAGCCUCCAUCAGCCAUGACUGGCCCCGAUAAAGUGUUGACCUUUCCUAUCCGGAGCACGAAUCUCGAUGGGAGCCUGAGCACCGAUGACUUAGGGAUUGUCUACUAUCACUGGGAGAAUAUCAGUGGGCCAAGUUCUCUGCAUAUGGAGAAUGCUGAUAGCGCCGUGGCAACCGUCUCAGAUCUACAGAUUGGAACCUAUCGUUUCAGACUGACUGUAGAAGAUGAUCAAGGGCUGAGCAGCACUGCCACACUUACUGUGAUUGUUCAGGAGGGCAGCAACUUUGCACCAAAGGCCCUUGCAGGGGGCAAACAUAUCCUUGUUCUCCCCAAUAACUCCAUUGCUUUGGAUGGAUCUCAUUCUGUUGAUGACCAAAGAAUUGUUUCUUAUCUUUGGAUCCGGGAUGGCCAGAGUCCAGCAGCUGGAGAUGUGAUUCUUGGCUCCAACCGUGAGGCUGUCUUACAGCUAACCAAUCUUGUAGAGGGGAACUACAUGUUUCAUUUGAAAGUCACUGAUGCUAAAGGAAAUUCAGACAUCGACACAGCUGUUGUGGAAGUAUGGCCCGACCCAAAGAAAAAUGGGCUUGUGGAAUUGAUCUUGCAAGUUGAAGUUGGUCAACUGACUGAACAACAGAAAGAUACCCUCAUACAACAGCUAGCAGCACUCCUGGAUGUCUUACAUUCAGACAUUAAUAUCCAGAAGAUACAUGCUUAUUCUGAUAUCAGCACCGCUGUUGUGUUCUAUGUUCAGAAUGGGCACCCUUACAAAUUCAUAAAGGCUUCAGAUGUUGCCCAAGUACUGCGUCUGCAACUCUUGAAGGAAAAGCCAGAUUUUCUACUUUUUAAAGUGCUUCGUGUUGACACAGCUGCUUGCCUCUUAAAAUGUUCUGGACACGGAAGCUGUGACCCCAUCACAAAGCAUUGUAUUUGCUAUCAAAUGUGGAUGGAAAAUUUGAUACAGCGGUACCUAAGCGGUGGGGAGAGCAAUUGUGAAUGGAGUAUACUCUACGUAUCAGCAUCUGCUUUCAUUGGAAUUGCAUUGGUGGUAGGGUUAAUUUGGCUUUGCAUCUGCUGUUGCAAAAGCCAAAAGAGAACCAAAAUAAGAAAGAAAAUGAAAUAUACAAUUCUGGACAACAUAGAUGAUCAGGAAAGAAUGGAGCUCAGGCCCAAAUAUGGUAUAAAACACAGAAGUACUGAACACAAUUCCAGUUUGAUGGUUUCAGAAUCUGAGUUUGAGAGUGACCAGGAUACCAUAUUUAGCAGAGAGAAGGUUGAAAGAGAAAAUUCCAGAAACCUCAUGAAUAGUGACAUGAAAAAUGGAGUCUCCUUCAGCUACAGCUCAAAGGAUAGAUAAAUGGAUGCACUGCUUUGUUAGGAAAAUGGUACUUUAGUGCACUGAAGACUGGACAAGUCUGAAAUGGGAAGACAGACUCAUAAAUUUCCAGCAUGGCAGAGGGAGCAAUACCAUGGAUAUUUUGCUCUGCUCUUCAAGCAGUAGCUUUUAACUUGCCAGCGUUUUUCAAGCCUGUUUACUAGAGAUGGCAUUUCCAUAUGUCUCAUGGACAUCUAAAAGUUUACAAUUAAAAUCUUAGCCAAGGCUAUUAUGUUACAAGAUCAUAGAGGAAAACUUCCUUCUAUUAGUCUUCUUAGAACAGAGUGACUUUGUCUGCAUAGGAAGCCACUUCUGUCAAUAAUGGAAAUUUAUCACAGUUAUUAAAACUGACAUGUAGACAAAACAUUUCUCUUAA